AUGUUGGCCAUACCGAGGAGCCAUACCGGAAGUGACCAUCCUUUCGAUACGAUCCCACUCGACAGCUAUAAGCUCCACAGACCUUCAGUUACCGUGCGGUCUCGACGUCGACCAUCUACAUGCGCUGGUAGUCAAGCCAGCAAGUCCGGCAAAGUGGAUAUUAAAACGCUGCUCGAGCGGCCGGGCACUUCGUCGUCGCCUGGUAACGAUAGCUCGUCUUCAAAGACGUCCAGAACGAGCAGGACUCGUGGAGAGGAGUCCGCCAAGACUUCAGCUGCUUCUCCGGUCUUGUCGGCAGUCACGCGACCACCACUGUCUGCCCCUCCUCUCGAGCCACCAGUGCAGCAGGCGCCUCCGUUCUCAUACCCUCCGGUUCAGAUGGCACAGUACGCACACUACCCUCCGCCUAGCUCAGCCUGUCCUCCCAUGGGCGCUUAUCCGUACCCUUUCUACCCACCAGGAGCAAUGAUGGAUCCACGCUUGCCGCCGCCAAUCUCGCUGCCACAUCCCGGGCCAAGCAAUAAGCGUCUCGCUCCACCACACCCCGCUGAGUCACCUGCCAAGAAGAAGCAGUCAAAGUGGACUGUCGACGAAGAUGUUUCGAUCACGGAAUUGCGAGGGAAUGGCAUGAAGUGGGAAGAUAUCUCGAAGCAUCUGCCAGGGCGCAGUGCCAUCAGCUGUCGUUUGAGGUUCCAGAACUAUCUCGAACGUAGAUCAGAGUGGGACGAGGAGAAGAAGAACAAGCUUGCACGUUUGUAUGAGAGGUUCAAGAAGGACAUGUGGGAAAAGAUUGCAAAGGAGAUGCAACUACCAUGGCGAGCGGCAGAAGCUAUGCACUGGCAGAUCGGCGAAGUCGAAAUGGCGCAGCGUGCGAAUGUGCCAGUCUUUCAUCUGGCGAGUGGCGCCCAGCCGACUUCACAACCGACUCCUGCCACAGAGCCACGUAUCAGCAGAUCACCACCUUCUAACACCCUACCAGCACCCUCAGCCACGUACACACAGAGUCAUAGCCACGCUUAUAGUCAUCCACCUCCGCAACUGCCACGACCAGUCCAACAACCUAUGUUUCCAGCUCAAGCACGUCUCCGUCGCAACAGUGACGACUCUCUUCCGAACACCUCUUCUUCCAUCAGGCAUCGAGCAGACAGCGCUCGGUCUAUGCCACCUGCUUCUCACGCUGUGCAUACCACUCUGUCACCUCUGAGUGCCGGAACUGGUCCACCUGGUGCGUUGAUCCACACACUUCCUCCAGUUGUGACGUUGCCGGAGAGUGGGAUAAGAUGA